GAGAGAGAGAGAGAGAGAGAGAGAGAGAGAGAGAGAGAGAGAGAGAGAGAGAGAGAUGGGCGGGGACGUUUUCUCAUUUCACCUCAAUCCGGCCCAACUUUGGGACCUACUGACGCGCAAUGACCUGAAGGAGGACCACACUGGACAUCGUUGAAGCUGCCUGCGUACCUAACUACAUUUUAUUAUUAUUAUUAUUAUUAUUUUGCCUGCUGAGCUGAACUGAACGACCUCGCCCAGGGUGAAGACCUGGCCUGAUUUUCUUUUUGCUACGCGUGAAACCCCCCCAUCGCCCGUCAUGCAGAGCUCGUCGAUCCGCCGCCAGGUGAAAAACAUGGUGAACAACUUCACCGAGGCCGAGGUGAAGGUUCGAGAGGCCACCUCCAACGACCACUGGGGACCCUCCAGCACGCUCAUGGCCGAGAUUGCGGACUUGACCUACAACGUGGUGACCUUCGCRGAGGUGAUGGGGAUUAUCUGGAAGAGGCUGAACGAUCACGGCAAAAACUGGCGCCARGUUUACAAGGCCCUCACGCUGCUGGACUACCUGGUGAAAUCGGGCUCUGAGCGUGUGGCCAAAGCGGCGCGAGAAAACAUAUUCGCCAUCCAGACGCUCAAAGACUUCCAGUACUUGGAUCGAGACGGACGUGACCAAGGUGUCAGUGUCCGAGAGAAGGCCAAACAGUUGGUGGCUCUGCUGAAGGACGAGGAGAAGCUGAAGAGGGAGAGGAGCAAUGCUCUGAAGACCAAGUCUCGUUUGGCAGGGGUCGUCAGCAGCAGCAGCGGCAGCAGCAGCAGCAGCUCGAGCUCUGGAUAUGUGAGCGCUUCAUACACAAGUCGCCAAGUCGUAGAGGAUUUCAGCAGAUGCAGAAGCCCACCGUCAACCUACAACACCCCCUCUUCUCGACUCGCUCCGGACUUGGAACAAGCUAUACCAUCCACCAGUGGAGAAGAGGAGCUGCAGCUGCAGCUGGCCCUGGCUAUGAGCCGAGAAGAAAGUGAAAAGCUGCCUCCCACGGUGGAUGUUGAUGAACAGAAUCAACUCAAGAGAGCAAUGGAUCUCAGCAAGAAGGAGUCCCAAAAGGUGAAACCAGUGAGACGUGCACCUCCUGCCACCGCGGACAUGGAUGAAGAUGCCCAGCUUCAGUUGGCGCUUAGCCUGAGCAAGGAGGAACACAAGCAGGAGCAGCUCAGUCGCCGYGGGGAUGAGACGGAGCUUCAAAAAGCUCUGGAGGAGAGCAAACGGGAAAUGGAGGGAAAAGGCGGGACGGCCUUUAUGGACCUGGUAGAUGUUUUUGCCGUGCCUGUAGAUGCGCCCCCUAUUGACAGUCGCUGGAAUAAUACUUCGACCCGGGCAGCGUCUGGCGUUGGGGGUACAGACCCCUGGGACUCCCCAGACGUCCCGAGAGCCGAUUCUCCCUGGAUGGUGCCCCCACCUUCCCACAGCCCCCCACCACCAUGGGAACCACCCUCUAACUCUUGGGUUGCAGCGCAGAAUGGUGUCUCCCCCCUCCUUACAGGCCGAGACGUGGCUUUUUCUGGAGCGUCAGCCUCCAUGGUAGUUGAUCCAUUCUUGGCCCCACCAGAAAGAACAGCAGCUAGAGGAGCUACCAGUAACUUUCCACCUCAAAGUCCAACAGAUGGGGAUUUUUUUGAUGAGGCCAUGGAUGGUGGUAACACGGGUAUUAAUGGUCAGAGGGUGGACAGUCCUGACCUUUAUGAACUGUCCAGUCUUAGAGAAAGCCUAAUUAACCCCACCCCUCGCGCGUGCCAGACACCCGAGUCCUUCCUGGGGCCCUCGGCAGCAUCCCUGGUAAACUUGGACAGCUUGAUUCCUACAAACCCUUCGGCCAAGACCACAAACCCCUUUUUAUCAGGAGUGAGUGCACCUUCGCCCCCUAAUCCAUUCCAAAGUGAGCCGCAAAAACCCAGCCUGAACCAGAUAGGCUCCGCCCCUGCAGCCCCCCUCCCCCCGCCUCUUCCAUACAGUGCCUCUUUGCCCCUGCCGACGAACCAUCAGGGUGCCUCCCUCCCUUCGUCYCUCACUCACCCUCCUCAGCCUGGACUGGACCUGCCAGGGAAGCUCCCCGAGCCCCUGUUGCCCUUCUCCUCAGCCAUUAAUCAGGAAUCGCACGAGAGCAACCAGAACCCUUUCUUACUCUGAAAGGGACAAACGUGGUAUUAAAAAUAURGGAAAUGCCAUUAGGUUAUGCUUGUGGAAUAACACUCUUUCUGCAAACCAAACUACAACCCAAAAGACUUGUAUGAAAUGCCUAAAAGUUUUUUUUUUAUGUUGUAUAUAAAAUAACGCUUCUAUUGUUGCAAGUUUUUCACAUGAGGGUAAGAAGGAGAUAAACUUUUCUCAGAAAACUGUCAUGUAAAGCCAAGGACUACAAAUGCAAACUACACAAAAGCACAUUUUGAGAAUACCUUGUUGUACGUGAACUCACUGGUGAGAACCAACCAUAUGCCUCAGAUUUCUGGUAAUUGGGAACAUUUACUAAAAAAAGGAAAAAAAAACUUACUCAGUGCCUGAAAUGUCUUGUAUCAACACAUUUAACUCUGCUGUGCUUCUGUGGAUCUGAACUGAUGAGAUGAACCAGUGCACGCGGAGUUUCACUGAAGUGGGAUGGAAUGCAGAAUGAAAUUACAAAAUGAAAUCCCCCCAUUAUGCAUCAGAAUAAUAUGCAAUGCAACAUCUACAAUGUCAAAUUCUGAGUUUUAUUCAUUGCUUGUGAACCAUCAAAUCUAAUCAAAUACAGUCGUGUAUCUGUAACACGAGUUCUUUCCUUAAAUUUGUUUAUUUUAAAAUUUUUGAAAUAAAUCUGAAUGAAACUA